GCACCUGUCUGCCCAGCCUCUGCCUCCUUUGUCCAACGCCAACCCAUCUCGAGAGUGUGUACUGGACUCUGGUCAGGUUCUGGCCACUGCUCCCACUCCCGGCUGCCCGGCUCAGGCUCCAGCCUGUGUGCACAUUCUGCUCCCUGCCCCUGCUGUUGAAGAUGGAGAAGAGAAUCCCCUCCUAAUGCAGAUGACCCAAGAGGAAAUGUCUGCUGUCCAGUGGGACCCUGUCAUCUCGCUUACCCCAGAUGUGGUAGACACCAGUGACUCAGGGGUCACUUCAUUGGCCAAGAGCUCAGAUUCUUCCAUUUUGGACAAUGAGGCACCUAUAGGCCACAAUGACUGCAACCCUGAAGUAACGGGUCAGUACUUGGCUACACACAGUAGAAAGUCUACACCUGAUAGCUCCUGUCCCUCCCUGGGAGGGUGGGGAACAUCCACAGACUCUCAGGGUAGAGAUUCAACACAGCCACCCCCAGUAUUAGCUUUCUCCAACCCAAUCCACUUCCUGCAGGUCAGCCCUCCCUCACCACCAGCCAUCAGAACACUGUUCCGACAGGAGGCUGUCUUCGAGGAAAUGCAAUGGGACCAGGCACAGGCAAGCCCCACCAGCGUGGAUGUGAGGAACACAGUAACCCCUGCAAUGGUGACAGAGACAGCAGAGGGCCCUACUAUAUACAAGCAAAGGAUGAAAGGGCAGGAAGAACCACCUUACCUUGCGGCCCAGGUGAAAGAGGUGGUGGCCAGACAUGCUCCCUUGGAGAAGUCAUCAAGCUGUCCAGAUAAAGUCAUCAGGGUGGGCAUGAAAGAGCAGGGACUCGGUUCAGGGAGUCAGGAAAACGUGAUCAAACGCCGAGCAAAAAGCAAAGACUGGCACCGACAGGGCCUGAAGAAGACAUCAGUGCUGUCAAGCAGCUUACAAGAGGAGAGAACAUUCAAGGACCAGCCAGUUAGCCCAGACACGGUUAUAUUCCGGGAGAAGAAAUCUGCAGCCAGCCUGGAGAACUUCAAGCGCCGACACUCCAAACUGAUCAACUCCUCAAGGUUACUGUAUCAGGAAUACAGCGACGUGGCUCUGAACAAGGCAAUCCAGAGCCAGAAGAGAGCUGACUCCUUGGCAGAGGACUUAGAACUGAGCUCUCCAAGCUCUCCGAGGUUAAGAAGGAAAGUGCAAUCUCCACAGAACUCUUACCUGCAGCGUCUUUCGGUCUCGUCCAAUGCAUCCCUCUGGCAGGAGAUCCCCAUGAUCAGAGGAAGCAGGAUGCUGCUGAACAUGUCCCGAGAUGAUCAGAAACUGCAGGAGGCCAAGUUUGAGUUGAUUAUGUCAGAGGCUUCAUACUUGCGCAGUUUAAACGUGGCGGUGGAUCACUUUCAGUGCUCAUCAGAACUCCAGGUGCUCCUCACCAAUCAGGAGCACAAGUGGCUUUUCUCUCGCCUGCAAGAAGUGCGUGAUGUCAGUGCCUGCUUCCUCUUCGACUUGGAGGAGAAAUUUGAGGAGAACAUGUUCAACUUCAAUGUGUGCGAUGUGGCUCUGAGGCACGCUCCAGAAUUCCGCCGGGUGUAUCUUCCAUAUGUGACAAAUCAGACCUACCAGGAGCAGAUUUUCCAGAGGCUCAUGAAUGGAAAUACACGGUUCCAGCAAGUCCUGGAGAGACUGGAGAGUGACCCAGUGUGCCAGCGCCUCUCCCUCAAAUCCUUCCUUAUCCUCCCCUUCCAACGCAUCACCCGACUCAAACUCCUCCUACAGAACAUAUUGAAGAGGACCCCUCCUGAGUCUGAUGAAGAAGUGCAGGCCACACAGGCUUAUGAUGCACUUGAGAAGCUCAUAAAGGAUUGCAAUGAGAAUGUCCAGCGCAUGAAGAGCACUGAGGAGUUGAUCUACUUAAGACAAAAGAUUGAUUUUGAGUGCAAGAUAUUCCCACUGGUCUCACAAUCAAGGCGGCUGGUGAAGUGUGGUGAGCUGAUGGCACUGGAUUUCAGCAGUUUAAGCGCCAAGUGGAAACUCAGCACCCGCCCCAUCUACCUGCACCUCUUCAAUGACCGCCUGCUCCUGUCCCGGCCCAGGGAGAAUGGGCGCUUUGUUGUGUUUGAUCAUGCUGCAUUUUCAGAUGUGCGUGGGGAGAAGUGUGAGAUGAAGCUGCAUGGGACAAACAAAAACAUUUUCCGCCUUUUUCUACUUAAGAACAACCAGGGGAAAAGAGUGGAAUUCCUCUUCCGCACAGAGACACACAGUGAGAAGCUGCGGUGGAUCUCCGCUCUUGCACCACCACAAGGAGAACCAGAUCUCUUGGAAAGCCCUGACUCACCUCAGGUUCAGUGCAUACGGACAUACAAAGCUCGGGAGAAUGACGAACUGGCUCUGGAGAAAGCAGAUAUCAUCAUGGUCAUGCAGAACAGCAAUGAUGGAUGGAUGGAAGGAGUGAAACUCUCAGAUGGAGAGAGAGGUUGGUUUCCCUCUGAGCAUGUGGAACUGAUCUCCAGCAAACAUGCACGCCAGAUGAACCUAAAGGAGGAACAGCGUGUGAAGAAUGCCAAACAGCAGGUCUUCUGCAAGAAAUAGGACUCCACCGUGUUCCCUAUAAGCUGUGUGCUUGGGUGGCCACCCAGGAGAGAUUCAGAUGCCAACCAUUUGAUUAGAAGAGCAUCCACAGCUGGCAUGUAUUUCUACUGGUGGUGCACAACCACCCAUGCCUUGGUGCACAUAACAAAAUGUAUUCUACACAUGGAUGGAAAAAAUUAGAGGGAACAUUGCUCUCCACUUCCUGUUGCACCCUGUACAAUCUCUUUGGCACGGAGAAACCUGAUUAAGAAACCCUCUUUCUACCGCAUACUGGAAAAAACAACUCUGCAGAAAUAAAAAGAAAUGAGCACUUAGUACUGUCAGACAAAGUGCUGCUACUAAAGAAAGCAGGAACUCAGCAAGGAGUAAAUAUGUUUACUUCUACUGCCUCUGUAGUCAUGGUGAGACCAAGGAAGAAAAAGAAGCUGCAUAUACUGCUUGCUUUGUAAUAGUAGGGAGGGAACAUAAAUAGAGCAGAGGAUUGAGAGUCAGGAGUGUUGGCAAUCUCUUUGCCUGACUUUGUCACUGACAAGAUGUGUGACUUUGGGCAAGUCACGUCAGAACUCUGCCUCAGUUUCCCCAUCUGUAAAACGGGGAUAAUACUUAUCUACCUCACGGAAUGUUGUGAGGCUAAAUUCACUUGCAUUUGUAAAGCGCUUUGAGUUCUUGAGAAGGAAGGCACUAAAGAUGUACAAAGCACACUGUAGUUAAGGUUGAGAAGAGCUUUCCAUUACAAACUCUUCUUAGGGUUCUUUAAGUGGUCUUAAUUUCCACAUAUUUCCAUUUAGGAUUAUAUAUAAUGGGCCAAAUUUUCUGUCUAUGUUAUUGGGUACAAUUCCAUUGACUUCACAACCUUUCUGCAUUUUUAUACCAGCUGAGUUUAUCCCAGAAUCUCAGCACAACAACUGAUUUUAGUUAGUAUGAGAAAAAUCCAUUUGAGUUAUGUGAGCACGAGCAAAGACAUGUUUCCCUCUAAAAUGUUUUUCAGAUUUUUUUGGCAAAAGUUUUAAAAAUGAUCAGUGAUUUUUAGGAGGUCAACCUGAGAUACUUUGAAGGAGCCUGAUAUUCAGGAAGUUCUGUUCUCCUGCCUUUGGAAAACACAAUCAAUCAUUAGUCACUUUUGUGUCACCAUCAUUAGUCACUUUUGAAGGUCUUAACCAAGGUUUUGUCUUACAGGUUGGCACAGGCCCCGUACUUACAUUUAAAUGUUUAACACAGGAAAAUGGAACCACACUGCAUAUACCUAAUCUAUUAUAGCAGACAUGAUGCAACAUUUUGCACAAUUAUAAAUCAUGAAGAAAUCCAUAGAUUUUUUUGGGGGCAAAACAUGUAACUGCAGAUAGCUGAGGUUCCAUUUCUGUGCUAAGUCAUCAGGUGUUAAGUGUUUUAUGUGCAGAAUCUGUCCACUCGAGAAAAUUGCUUCAACUGUAAAAUACUUUUCCUUCUGUGUUAAAGGAAGGUUUUUGUCUGUAAUUAUGCUAAGACAAUAUCUAGGUUGAAAAUUUAAACACACCCAAGUAUGAAAGCAACACAUUUAGCCUUCUUGCUUCUAAUGUAUUUGAAGAAUUAUUGACCCUUGUAUCUCUGGAUCUUUGUAAUACAUUUUUUGCCCUUUCGAUUUACCAUUUAUAUUGUAUCUGGCCUAGUUUGUUCCAGCCUAUUUAUACCAGUCAUUUGAGCUGGACUUACACUUAAAAAGUAAGUUUUUUUGACCUAAUAAACUUAUGCACUU